CCUCCUUCCCCUGCGCUCUUUCCUUAUAAGGCGCGGCCCCACCCACUUUCCUCCCCGCUGCCGUUAAGCGCGGCGGUGUCGCGCUCGGGCGGGCUUUUCGCCGCCGAGAUGGCGGAGCCGGAGCCGGAGCCGGUGUCGGCCGAGGCGGUGCUGCGGGAGCUGGGGCUCUUCGAGCUGCGCUGCCAGGGGGAGGACGUGCCCGCCAGGCUGGUGGAGUUGUGCCUGACCCACGGGCUGGACCCGGAGGCGUUGGCCAACGAGCUGUUGGCCUUCGUCACCAGCAAGAACCUCGGCACCCAGCUCUCCGCCGAUGGCCUCGACACCUUCGAACACGAGGUCCUCACCAAGCGGAGUAGCAGGUACCACCAGAAAAGGGACAACCGCUACGGUGGUCUCCACGACAUCUACUCCCUCCAGGAGCUCCUUGACGAGGAAGAAGAUGAUGAGCUGCUGGACACCUACACCACGCCAUCCAAGGGUUCCCAAAAACGCAGCAAUUCCACCCCGGAAAACCCCCGGCCCAAGCGGACCCUCUCCUCCCGCAGCCCCUACGCGCUUUUCUCUCCCAACACCUUGUCCCCGAGCGUCACUCCCUCCCAAAAAUACACGGCGCGCAGCAGCCGCGGCGAGGUGGUGGCCUCGUUCGGCUCCGUCCAGGGUCCUUCCUGGAGCGGUCGGGGCGGCCGCAGUUGCACCCCAAAACUUUUCGGUUCCCCGGAAGAAAAUCUGACAAAAAGCUACAAAUUCAUGUUCCAGAAAGCGCUUGACGUCCGGGAAGUGCUGUCUUGGAGGAUCGAGGAGCUCGGUGACGUCUUGAAGAGCCACCAUCACCUGGAGGACUUUGCCUCGGUGUUGCUCCCGGCGCAGGAACCGGUGACGGUGCUGGGUCAGAUCGGCUGCGACAGCAACGGGAAGCUCAAUGCCAAAUCGGUGGUGCUGGAAGGUGACCGGGAACACUCCUCGGGCAGACAAGUCCCCCUCGACCUCUCGGAGCUGAAGGAAUAUUCCCUCUUUCCCGGUCAGAUCGUGGCACUGGAGGGGACCAACAGCACCGGGAGGAAGAUGGUGGUUUCGAAGCUCUACGAGGGGGUGCCCCUUCCCUUCCACACGCCGCCGGAGCCAGCCCCAGAGCAGAGGAUGGUGCUGGUGGCCUGCGGACCCUACACCACCUCCGACAGCAUCGCCUACGACCCGCUCGCCGACCUCGUCGAGGUGAUCGUCCGCGACCGCCCCGACGUCUGCGUCCUGUUUGGGCCGUUCCUGGAUGCCAAGCAUGAGCAAGUGGAGAACUGCCAGCUCCUGGGGUCCUUUGCUGAGGUCUUCAAGCUCUGCCUGAAGACGAUAAUUGAAGGAACGAGAAGUGCCGGCUCUCAGCUCGUCUUCGUCCCCUCGCUGCGUGACGUCCACCACGACUACGUCUACCCGCAGCCGCCAUUCCUCUACCCUGAGCUGCCGAAGGACGACAAACCGCGCGUGCACUUCGUGUCGGACCCCUGCACCCUGGACGUCGACGGCGUCGUUUUCGGCCUGACCUCCACCGAUCUGCUCUUCCACAUGGGUGCUGAGGAGAUCAGCAGCUCAUCCGGAAUCUCGGACAGGUUCACGCGAAUCCUCAAGCACAUCCUGAUGCAGAGGAGUUACUAUCCACUGUACCCCCCCUCGGAGGAGCUCAACGUUGACUAUGAGACCUUCUACAGCUAUGCCUCGUUACCCGUCACACCGGAUGUCCUCAUCACCCCGUCAGAGCUGCGGUACUUCGUUAAGGAUGUGCUGGGCUGUGUCUGCAUCAAUCCCGGCCGGCUGACGAAGGGCCAGGUCGGGGGUACCUACGCCCGCCUGUACAUACAGCGGGAGGACGCCACAGGCGAGCGGAGGAGUCCGUGCGUUGCUGCUCAAGUUGUUAAAAUCUAAAUCGUCGGGACAGAGACUUAUUUUUUCGACCCUUCUUCCACCUACGACUUAAUUCCUUCCUGGAAACAAACGGAUGUUAAAAUACACUUUGAAUUUUGGUUAAAACCCACCCAAAACGUUUGUGUGUGUCCCCGUGCCCGAAGCUGCCUUCGCCUGACCCCCUUUCACGAGGUGCUGACUUUGCGCCGUGCCCCGGUUCCUCCUGGAGCCACCCUGCUGUGGUGGGACUCUUCUCCAUGGAUGGAGGCAGAGACUCCAUCCUAAUAAUUGCUAAUUAAUUGAUUAAUGCUAAGCACGAGGUGGCAGGAAGCUGGGUUUUGUAGCGGGGUUGGUUUUUGGUUUUUUUUUUUUUUUUGCAGGUGUGGUUUCGGAUGUGCUGGAUUAACAGCGAUGCGGGCGUAGGGUGAUUUGGGGUUGCUCGUUAGCUGGAGCGGGAGGACACGGACUCCCCGUGUCUUCCUCUCCUGCUCGUUAGGUAAACGAAGAUAAUCCUCCAGCUGGAUUUACCCACAGAAAAGGGGAAAUCCUGGUGUGGAAAGGGGAAUCUUGGCACACGGUGGGGCCGAAAUCCUCCUCUGCCGAGGUACCGGUGUCCUGGAUUCACCUCCUGGGUGACAUCGUUUGGGAUGAGCUUCCUCAUUAUGGGACUCUGAGUUUAAUUAGUCCAAAAGCAAUUAAUUUACAGGUGCCCGGGGGGGCUGCACCACUGCUUCACCAGUUUCGGUGAAGGAUGCCGCAGCUCCUGGCUUGGCUGCGGGCAAAAUACCAGCGUCGGGUUUGGGUUUGAAACAUUUUCCCCCACUUUUUGCCUCAAAUUUGCGGCGAGGAAGCUGGAAAAAUUGAUUAAAAUCCCUCCCUGCUCCGCUCGG